CCAAUGCAUGAGCCACAAGGGGCUACGCACGCAUACUUGUUAGCCUGUCCAGCUGUUUGAACAAGUACUGCAUUGAAUCAGCUGGUUGCGCUUCACUGUGGAUCGCAAACGAGAGAGAGGGAGAGCGAGAGAGAGAGAGAGAGAGAGAGAGAGAGGAGCGCAAGGGUCGGUCGUCUCUAGUCGACAGCUGUCUCAAAUCACUACAAACACGGGGAGUCGUCCCUCCGCGAGCCCGCCGAAAAUGAUUCUGACACGCGUCUAUUUCCUGGGAUUGUUCGCGUGCAGCUGCCAAGCUGUGUUACAGGUGUCCAUCUCCCUCAGCAAGGUGGAGCUGAGCGUGGGGGAGUCAAAGUUCUUCACCUGCACAGCGAUUGGAGAGCCGGUCAGUGUGGACUGGUACAGCCCCCAGGGGGAGCGCAUCGUCCCGUCUCAGCGGGUGCUGCUGCACAGGGAGGGGGUCCGAUCCCGCCUCACCCUCUACAACGUCAACGUCGAAGAUGCCGGGAUCUACCGCUGCCAAGCAACCGACGCCAGCGGCCAGAGCCAGGAGGCCACCGUGGUGCUGGAGAUUUACCAGAAACUGACGUUUCGGGACGUGCCCUCACCGCAGGAGUUUCGGCAGGGGGAGGAGGCCCAGGUGGUGUGUGAUGUCAUCAGCUCACCUGUGCCCAUCGUCUCCUGGUUCCACAAGGACCAGGAAAUCACACCUGAGCUGUCUGAUAGGUUCCAGAUUCUGCCCAGUAAUAACCUGCAGAUUCUGCAGGUGGGUAAGGAGGACGAGGGGGUGUAUCGCUGUGAGGCUCGAGUGGAAGCUCGCGGGGAGAUCGACUUCAGAGACAUCACCGUCAUCGUCAACGUCCCUCCUGUAAUCUCCGUACCUCAGGAGUCCUUCAAUGCUACAGCUGACUAUCAGGAAUCUGUGACCUUCACCUGCAGAGCGCGCGGAUCACCUGAACCAGAGGUCUCCUGGCAAAGGAGGGGCAGGCGGAUCGAGCCCUCGGACCGGUUCGUGGUGAAGGCCGGGGGAAGCUCGCUGACGGUGAAGAGCAUCACUCAGGAGGACGGAGGCUCCUACACCUGCACCGCUCGCAACACGGCCGGCCACGCCCACCAGGACCUCUUCCUCAAGGUGUUCGUGCAGCCCAGCAUCACGGUGCUGCUGAACGUGACGGCGGUGGAGGGCUCUGCUGCUGUCAUCUCCUGCACUGCGGAGGGAGACCCACUGCCUGACAUCACCUGGAGGAGAGCCAGCGAUGGGCGGAGCUUCAGAGAGGGAGACAGGAGUGCAGACGGGCGGGUGGAGGUUCACGGGCAUCAUGGGAAAUCCACUCUGACCGUGAGCGCCGUUGGGCUGCUGGACCGCGGACGCUUCGACUGCGAGGCCCUCAGCAGGAUAGGAGGCCAUCAGAAGAGCAUGUACCUGGACAUCGAGUACAUGCCGGUGUUUGUGAGCGACCCCACCACGUACUACUCCUGGGAGGGGAACGCGGUGAACCUCAGCUGUUCAGUGCAGGCGCACCCGCCCGCCGUGUUGCUAUGGCAGAGAGACAGGCUGACCGUCGGCACGGCGACGGGGGGCCCCGGCAACGCCCGAGUCCACCACGCCGAGGGCCGCUCCCUGCUCGAGGUGACCCCGCUGGCAAACAGCGAUUUUGGGCGUUACAACUGCACCGCCAGGAACAGCAUUGGGACCCGAGUUCAGGAGUUUGUCCUGGCUCAGGCAGACGUUCCCUCGGGCCCCUCCGUGGUUCGGCUGAGCUCCGUGUCUCAGCGCAUGGCCACCGUUACCUUCAGGACGCCGGAGUCGCACGGCGGGGUCCCCAUCGCCCAUUACGUGGUGAGGUUCCGCACCCCCGGCGCCCCCCACUGGAGGGACGUCCCGUCACACGGAGUCGAGACGAUGGUGCAGCUGGCAGGUCUGGAACCCAACAGCACGUACGAGGUGUGUGUGGCAGCCGUUAACGGGAAGGGGCAGGGCGAGUUCAGCCGUGCGGAGAGCUUCCAAACGCUGCCCAUCCGAGAACCCAGCCCCCCCUUGGUGCAGGGUCAAAGGGGUGUGGGGAAGGCCUACAGGCUGGGCCUGUUCAAGCAGGAUGAUGGGGGGAUGCCCAUCCUGGAGUACAUCGUCAAAUACAAGAUGGAGAGGGAGGACCGCUGGAUGACUAAGCUGGUGUCGGGGCUGAAUGACUUUGUGCAGCUGCAGCCCCUGCAGUGGAACGCUCGCUACGAGGUGGAGAUCACCGCCCGCAACAUCAAGGGCCUGUCCGAGCCCACCUACUACCACUUCACCAUGCCCCAGCGACCGGACAUCACCGCAGACUCGGUGUUGAGCGGGCUGGGGCUGGGCGCGGUGGUGGCGCUGGGCGUGGCCGCGCUGCUGCUCCUGCUGGUGGGCGUGGACGUGUGCUGCUUCUUCCUCCGCCGCUGCGGCGUGCUCAUGUGCAUCACCAGGAAGCUCCGGGGCAAGAAGAGCGCCACCUGCAGCAAGAGCAAAGAACUGGAGGAGGGAAAAGCCGCUUACCUGAGCACUGGGUCCAAGGAGCCCAUUGUUGAGAUGCGAACAGAAGAAGAGAGGAUAGCUCACACGGACGAUGGGAGCCCAAUGAAUGAGCCCAAUGAGACCACACCCCUUACAGAGCCAGAGAAGUUGCCACUGAAGGAGGAGAACGGGAAGGAGGCCCUGCCGACGGUCGCCACGGAGAUCCGGGUGCGGGGCGACGGCGGCGGCGGCGGCGAGCUCCUGGAGGACCGGUGCGCGUAAAGGAGGCGGGCCCUGCCCCAGGCCACGCCCCCGGCCACACACCCCUCCCCCACGGACGCUCAGAGCAUAGAGGGGCCCCCGACACCCGCAGUGCUGAACACAGACAGCCCAAACCCUGCGACUGAGUGUACAUACGGCUGCGGACUCUCCCGCCAUCUUACUGCGGGGAGACGUCCGCCAUCCUUCCCGUGACUUGGGUCACUUCAGUGGGAUCAUUUUUGUUCCGUUUAAGGUGUUGCUGUUUCCGUUUCGUUUGCUGUUCUGAACGCUCACACCCACUCUUCCCAGCAGGAAAAGCCAUCUCAGUCCUCUUCCCUGAGCCCGGAAGUCUGUGGACAGCCCCAUGUGCCCAGUCGCACUCUUCAUUCACACCCUGGGGCAGUGUGCUACGCACUGGGCCCCAUUCAUACUGCUGAGUGUGAGUAUAUAUGCUGCAGUCAUGUCAUGAUAUGUGUGUGUGCACUGCAGUCAUGUCAUGACAUUUCAGUGUGUGCACUAUGGUAAUGCUAAUGAAUAUAGGCACAUGAAACCAGGUGCUGGGCUGGGUGUGCAUCAUGAACAGUUCAGUAAAGCACACGCACCAAAACUCAAUAUACACCUGUAUUCAACAAUGUUUCGAUCCUCUGUUGAUCUUUGUCAGGUAAAACUUUGAAAAAAACAUUGAAAGUUUUACCUGACAAAGAUUCACACAGGAUUGAAGAAGUGUUGAAUAAAGGUGUAUAUUGAGUUUUCAGUGUGUGUGGUUUUACUGGAUUAUUCAGUGUGUGUGUCAUAGUCAUGACUUGACAUAUAAGUGUGCAUAAUAUUCUGUAAUGCAAUGACAUGUGCGUGUGUAUGCUAUACAUGUCAUGACUUGUGACUGCACAUUAUGGAGAUGUUGUGAUGUGGAUUUACUAUAUAGUGAUGUCAUGACAUGGGAGUAUAUAUGAUGGAGUUUUAUCAUGAUGUGAUGAUAUGUAGGCUGUUUUGAUUUCUUGAUAUGACACACAAGAUGGUGCUACCAUACACCAUAGUAAUAUUGUGAUGUUUGAUUGUGAAUUCUGAAAUUAUGAGAUUUGUGUAUGCUACAUUGAUCUCAUGAUGUGAAACUGUAUAUUCUGUAAUUAAAAUAAUAUAUGGGAGUGUGUAUGCUGUAUUGAUAUCACCACAUGCCAGUGUGUAUGCAGUAGUGAUAUCAUUACAUGCUAUUUUGUACAGUAUAUUGUAGUGAUAUCAUGACAUGCCAGUGUGUAGGCUAUAUUGAUAUCAUGAUGUGCCAGUAUGUACGCAGUAGUGAUUGUUACAUGCUAUUAUGUACAGUACAUUGUAGUGCUAUCAUGACACGGCAGUGUGUGGGCUUUAUUGAUAUCAUGACAUGCCAGUGUGUAGGCUGUAUUGAUAUCAUGACAUGGCAGUGUGUAGGCUGAAUUGAUAUCAUGACAUGCCAGUGUGUAGGCUGUAGUGAUAUCAUUACAAGCCAGUAUGUAUGAAGUAGUGAUAUCAUUGCAUGCUAUUGUGUACAGUACAUUGUAGUGUUAUCAUGACAUAUGCAGUGUGUAGGCUGUAGUGAUAUCAUGACAUGGCAGUGUGUAGGCUGUAGUGAUAUAGUGACAUGGCAGUAUGUAGUCUGUAUUGAUAUCAUGACAUGGCACUGUGUAGGCUGUAUUGAUAUCAUGACAUGGCAGCGUGUAGUCUGUAUUGAUAUCAUGACAUACCAGCGUGUAGUCUGUAUUGAUAUCAUGACAUGCCAAUGUGUAGGCUGCAGUGAUAUCAUGACAUGGCACUGUGUAGGCUGUAUUGAUAUCAUGACAUGGCAGUGUGUAGCCUGCAUUGAUAUCAUGACAUGCCAGCAUGUAGUCUGUAUUGAUAUCAUGACGUGCCAGUAUGUAGGCUUCAGUGAUAUCAUGACAUGGCACUGUGUAGGAUGCAUUGAUAUCAUGACAUGGCAGUGUAUAGGCUGUACUGAUAUCAUGACAUGCCAGUGUGUAGGCUGCAGUGAUAUCAUGACAUUGCACUGUGUAGGCUGUAUUGAUAUCAUGACAUGCCAGUGUAUAGCCUGUAGUGAUAUCAUGACAUGCCAGUGUGUAUGCAGUAGUGGUUAAUCUGAAGUUGUGAUGUUUCUCUGGAUGUGAUGAUGUGAUGGAGCGUUGCAGUGCGUUGUCCAUUAUACCUGAGCUCAACAGUGUCUCUUUGCCUAUGUGUGAAUGCUCAUUCAUCUCACUGCAUAGCAUAGUGUGUAAAUUUGACCAGAAUCAUUUAAUUUUGUGGCUUCAGAUUCCUUUGCCUGUGUAUAUAUGUAAAAUAGUUUUUAAAUGAUAAAAAUACUCUAACCAGGAAGCAGUUCAACGAAACUGAUGCUAAGAGUUCAAAGGUCGUUCUAAAGGGGCUGUUCUUCCUCCCCAAAUCCAACUGUAUUUCAGAAUAUGCUGUACUUCACUAUGUUCUCCCUGGAAAACUCACCAAAUACACUGAGUGUAUUUUAAAGAAUAUAAACUAACAUAUUCAUAUUAACAUCAAUAUUACCAAAAGCUCAAAAAGCGUUGGAGCAGACAGUGGGAAUAUGAAGCACCAAAAGCAGAUUGUGUAAUAUUUUGCCCUGGUGGGCAUAUAGGGACGCUGGCUUGUAUCUGGAGAGAUGGAGUUGGGUCUCAACAAGAGACAGCUCUGCCGUUGGGCCCUUGAGCUGGGUCCUUAACCCAAACAACUGCUCCAGGGGCUUUACCCCUGUUCUCUCAGGCCUUUAUCCCAAUGCAUCCAUGAAAAAGAGAAAAUAAGGGAUUAAAUAAAUAAAUAGAAAAACACACUCAAAACAAAAAGUG